GGCAGCCGAGAAGAUGGCGGACGGCGACAGCGGCAGUGAGCGCGGCGGCGGCGGGCCCGGCGGCUUCCAGCCCGCGUCCCGCGGCGGUGGCGAGCAGGAGACGCAGGAGCUGGCCUCGAAGCGGCUAGACAUCCAGAACAAGCGCUUCUACCUGGACGUGAAGCAGAACGCCAAGGGCCGCUUCCUCAAGAUCGCCGAGGUGGGCGCCGGCGGUUCCAAGAGCCGCCUCACGCUGUCCAUGGCCGUGGCCGCCGAGUUCCGCGACUCGCUGGGCGACUUCAUCGAGCACUACGCGCAGCUGGGCCCCAGCAGCCCCGAGCAGCUGGCGGCGGGCGCAGAGGAGGGCGGCGGGCCGCGGCGCGCGCUUAAAAGCGAGUUCCUGGUGCGCGAGAACCGCAAGUACUACCUGGACCUUAAGGAAAACCAGCGCGGCCGCUUCCUCCGCAUCCGCCAGACGGUCAACCGCGGCGGCGGCGGCGGCGGCUUUGGCGCGGGUCCCGGGCCCGGCGGCCUGCAGAGCGGCCAGACCAUAGCGUUACCCGCACAGGGCCUCAUCGAGUUCCGUGACGCUCUGGCCAAGCUCAUCGACGACUAUGGAGGCGAGGACGACGAGCUGGCCGGCGGCCCGGGAGGCGGCGCCGGGGGCCCUGGGGGCGGCCUGUACGGGGAACUCCCGGAGGGCACCUCUAUCACGGUAGACUCCAAGCGCUUCUUCUUCGACGUGGGCUGCAACAAAUACGGGGUGUUCCUGCGAGUGAGCGAGGUGAAGCCGUCCUAUCGCAAUGCCAUCACCGUGCCCUUCAAAGCCUGGGGCAAGUUCGGAGGCGCCUUUUGCCGGUAUGCGGAUGAGAUGAAAGAAAUCCAGGAGCGACAGAGGGAUAAGCUUUAUGAGCGUCGUGGUGGGGGCAGCGGCGGCGGCGAAGAGUCCGAGGGUGAAGAGGUGGACGAGGAUUGAAAUGGGCAGCUUCCCCCACAGGCCUCCCCCACCCCGUCAUCAACCAUACCCUUGGCUAGAGAGUUCCCCUUCCUGCUCAUCCCCAGUGAGCUAGUGGAGAGGGAGCAAGGGAGGCCCCGAGGGAGAAAACAAACAAAAGAUAAUAUAGUUAAGAGAAAUAACCAUAAGAGAACAGUCACGGACAAUUAGAGAAAAGCAGUAAAGUUCUAAGGAACUGACAGCAACCUGCAAAGAGAGGACAACAGCAUCUCCUCACCUGAGCAAAAUAGUCUCGGCUUCUGUUGUUUCCCAACUGAGUUUCCAAAUCCCAUCAGGAUAACCCUGGAGGGGAUAGAUCCUCUGCACAUCUGGGCCAGGAAACACGUCUGAGUUACCCAGAUCCAUUGAUAACUGUUGGAUUUGUGUUUUACUUGGGUAAUCUGGUCUAAAAGAUCUCUCCAGGCCUCACUGUUGCAGUCUCUAUCCCUUCACCUCCACUGAAAUCCAUAUUUUGAGUCUAGGUCUUCAUGGAAUCCUUGAGAAGACAGAGGCCUUUGCAGUUACCGAGUUCUGAGGGUACAGGUUCAUGGAAAGGAAUACAUUAACUUUAAAUAAUCAUGGACGGGGCAAAAAUAAAAAUUCAAGAGGCCAUUGGAGAAUACAGAAACAAAUUGGAUCCGUUUUUUUUAAAAAUGGUUUUGCUUGGAACCUGGACCAAGGCCCAUAUCUUUUAUUUGCAGAAUUGUUUUCCAGGAUGCAAAUGGAUUCAGGUAUCAAUGCUUGAACUAGAAUUCAUUACUAAAAUAGUUUUAAAGUUGGCAAACAUUUUUCAAAAAAAAAGCAGUUUUAUACUGGGGAUUGCUGAGGUAGGCACAAGACAAAGUUGGGCAUAAAGCACAAGGCAAACUGUUUGAGUGGAUUGGUUGCUGCUCACUAAAGUUCUUCCCCUGAUCUCUAAAUAGGAGAUCAUUACCAAGAAAUGGCUUAGGUAUGAAUAAGAGCCAAAUCUCCACUGUGUGAGCCAGUGAAUUAUGGCUAAUUCGGCUGUUACGGCCACUGGUUGGCUGGAUUUUAAACCAUAAAACUUGAAGAUUACCUGCAAAAGGAACAGUGUGGCUACAAGCCUGAGCUUUAAUGGAAUAUACGUCCUCACGGAAAAGUUGGAAAUAACCAAAACUGAAGUCUUAAUUUACCUUCAGUUAAUCUGUGGAUUUGUUAAAAUACUAAAGAUCCUCAGGUCCAGAAUUCCAGCAUCAUUUAUUCUUUUAAAAUAAAUUUUUAAGAACUUGAUCCAUUGUAUCAGUACCUCACAAUCAAAGUUGGCAAAUGAUGGAUGAAUGAUUCAAGCAGUGCACCCGGUGGAAGCUGAAAUCCAUCUGUGAAUGGAACUGAAGUAAACGUGAAUAUGCUGACUAUAUCCUGGAAGCGUUUUUAUACCAUCUUGAAAUUUCAACAAACUGGCUUUUGCCAGUUUAUCCAGCUGUCUUUCAAGAAUAAAAGUUGGGGUUUUCAAGGAUCGCCUCUUCUAUAUUUUAAAUGGAUUUUGAGUAGAAAUGAUUUUUACUAAUCGAGUUAAUCCCACCCCCAUCAAAAGGUAUUCCUAGAAAUGUCAUAGACCUAGGUAACUUUGAAUUGAAUGGGAGCUAACCUUCUUUCCAAAGUUUUCAGGUAUUGUUUGUGUGACACCUUCUCAACCAGGAGGCAAGUAACCCCACCUCCACAAUCUUAGCAUUUUUUUUAACUGCAUGCCUGCCCUUUAUUUGAGCUGCCUUUUUAAUUUAUUGCAUAUCCUUUUUAUUAUCUUAUUUUGGUAUUCAAUCUAUACAAUCUUUUUGUAUUUAUUGGGAAAUGAGUAAUAUACAAAAAGGUUUUCAUGUAUUUGUGGCUGAGAGGGUGGGAAAUAAUUGUGUAUAUAAAAUUAGGCUUUUUUUAAAAAAUAGACUAUGAUGCAGAAUAUUGUUGAUCUUAGAUUUAAAAAAAAAACCGUGGAAGAGCCACAAACAUUGGUGCCCUUUUCAGACUAUUUCUCUACUCUCAUCAUCCACAGUAGAAUUUUUAAACAGAUUUUUUUAAGGCUUUUCUUUUAAAUUUUUCUCCGUUGCAAAGAAUGUUUCCUAAAUUGUAUGGGAGCAAUAGUAUUUUUGAUGUUUUAAUGACAUCCGUAUACUUGUACUGUAUUUUGUACUACAAGGCAGCUGUUUUCAAUAAUGUCCUGCUGUAUUUACCUAUGUGUUUUGAGUGUUUAUUUCUUUGCUGCGGAGAACAAAUUCCUAAAUAGUUUUAGUAAAGGAGCUGAAAAGCUAGCAUUAGGUUUGCAGAAACUGUUUAAGUUUCAAACUCUGAGGCAGCAAUGAAAAUUAAGGUUGCAGCUAUUAGUUGAUUGCUGUAACUUUUUCAUUUUCAAACCAUGUACAAUUCCUGUAUAGACCAACUUGUUUUCUUGCUUCAGUGGUGGUUCUGUUGCUCAGCUGCAGUGAGCCAGUUAAAUUUUGCAAAGGUGCAGUACCUCUCCUUUUCAAGGAGUUGGUUUAUUCUUUUUUCUUUUGGUUUGGCUGAAUUGCAGUAACUAGCCUUGCCUUUCUAUUCUGUAGAAAUGACAGGGUCUUCACAAUCCUUCACCAGUGGCUACCAAGCUAUAAUUAGCUGAAUAGAAAGAAUGUGGAAGUGGUCUGAGGCAUAUAGAGUAUAUGCCAAGAACACUACCAUAUAUGGCAUCAGCUUUGGUUACCAGAGAAAUUUUCUUAGUCAUUAGACCAUAUAACAGUAAUAUAUCAUAUGUAAAUCUUUAGAUGUCAAUUUGAGAAUCCUCCAAAAAAAGGAGCAAAGAAUGCAUAAGCUAUGUGUUGGCAAAAGUAAUUUAUAUUAAAAUUUUGACCUGCCUAUGUAAGAUUAAGUGGUAAAUGUCAUAGUGGUGGGUUUUUAAGUCUUAACCAAUCUCUAAGGUUUGUUCCUCCUGCAAGGGUGGUUCAUGGCCUCUCUUCCCACUGCAGGAAGAUGCAGAAGGAUGUGGAUUAAUUGUAGCAUUUCAUUGAUCCUCAUUCCAAUCACUAGGGACAAUAGAAAUCUGCAAAGCACAGAGAUUCAUUCAUAAGUAUUAGCUUGUUAAAGGAAGUGGUCUUUGUUAAUUCCAGUCAGAUAAUAGAAUUGUACAGACUAUGGGAAACAACCAAUUUUUUGUUUUGUUUCUCAGCUCCUUCUAUGAACGAUUUAGAGCUUUUUUUUAAGUUUGGCAAACAUCCCAGCUAAUCAAAAUAGUCGUAUUUCUGAGAAGUAGGGAACUAAAACUCCUUUUCAAAUAAUUGGUGGAAGGUUUGUUUCCCAAACUACCAUAGUUACAGAGAUGAGAAGUCAAAUUUUAGGAAGAGAAUGAAAAGAAAAAAAAUUCUGUGAAGAGAUCCUACUACUCUUUCUGGUUUCUAUUGUCCCUAUCUAUCAUUUCAGCAAGUGGAAUGGUAGUUUCUAUUGUCCCUAUCUAUCAUUUCAGCAAGUGGAAUGGUAGUUUCUAUUGUCCCUAUCUAUCAUUUCAGCAAGUGGAAUGGUAGUUCUAGUCAGCAAAUUUUUCAGUGCAUAUGCUGCACAAAACAAUAUGUAAAUUUUUAUGGCACCAAAAAUCAAAGUGAAAACCAAACCAAAAACCCAGACACCCUAUGUAACUAUUGGAGGCAUGUAGGUGGUAUAAAUGACAGUAGCUGUGACACACACGGCUACUUGUCACGUCACUUUCCAUAAUUAUUUACUGCGAAAUGAUUGAGAGGCUUUUGGUGCAGGCAGCCAUUAACCUCCUGCUUCCUUUGUUACCUCUGGAUCACUUUGCAGUAAAUUGCAGGUCUUUUAAGAGAUUCAAGCUUCAGUUUUCUCAAAACAAAACAAUUAUCCUGUCUUAUCUGAAAAUAGCAGGGUUGUGGGCAAAAGAGGCUGGUUAUAAUAAUGCCCUCAUAUUGAGUGGUCUAUAAACGGCUGCACACUUCAGGCACUGUAGUUACUGAAGAUGCUUUGUUAAAUGUGACCUUCACUGGCUUUACAGGGGUGUAGAAUGUAAUCUACACAAGGUGACUUUGUUUGCAUCUAUCUUGCUCUUGAGGUGGAUGAAAUUAAGGAGAAGCUGGAGUGUGUAAGCCAUGCACAUAAGUAUUCUUCACUGUAAAUUUUGUUUUCAUUUUUAACCCAGUUAUGGUACUUUGUCCAAUGCACAACUGAUCUCUCAGUAGAUAUUCAUUUGAAAAUAGUGUGGCCUUGAUCAGUGAGAAGGGAAAGGAGAGAAGUGACUUUUUUGCUUAUGUAAAAAUGACUCGUUUGCUGAGAGUUGUCAUUCUGCAGUACUCCUAGUAUAAUGUUUGUGAUCAGUGUCCUUUUUGAUUUGGGAAAGUUAAUGUUUUUGACCCUGAAGUUAAUUCAAUUGAGUUAUGUUCUAUUUUUAGGAAGUAUCAGAAUUACUCUGAUGAAUAACAAAGUUGACUGCUUUGAUGUUCAAUCUCAGGUUUUAGAAUAUAGUGGUGUAAAUCCCACUAUUAUUAAUUCUUAAAAUAAUUUUAAUUUAGUACAUCCUAAAAGUCACGUGCAAAAGGCCUGUUCAGAGAGCAGGGCCUCCAUCUUUUUGCUCCUUUUCCACUUUGUACUUCACUUGAAAAAGUGUCAAGUGAUUUUACAUUGUAUAUUUCCAUUUUAACCCGACCUAUUUCUCAAAGAUAAAGCACUUUUUGAUCAUGAAAUACAUAGAAUCGUUGUGUGAUGUGGAUCAUGGUUUCUCAGGCUCCCUUAGAUAAUCUGCUUAUGAAUAUUGUUCUAACUCUGUAAGAAGAGUAGAAAUCUUUGCUAAUGUUAGAAAGUUUGUAUUAUUGAUCCAGAAUGCAUUUUGCUAGUUUCCAAUGGAUGGGAGAGUAAACAAUGCUGCAUUCACAAUUUAAUAUGUUACUUUCCCUUGAGCCUUAAGGUAACUUUCUUUUCUGUCAACAACAGCACUGAAGUUAUAGUAAAUGAAUGAGAUUAUCAGUUUUCAGGGUUGGUUUUAGAGUACUGUAAAUCAAUUAGCUGUCUUCCUAAAGAGUUACAACUCCAAUUCAAUAUACUGGAUUAAUGGGUAUGUGGGUGGGGCUGGGGGGGUUGGAGAUAGUUUGUAGAAAAUAAAAAAGAAAAAAAGAACCAUUUACCUUAAGAAAAUAUAGACAAAAAAAGAAAAAAAAGUGCAUGUCAUAUGCCCCGUUUGAAAUUCCAGAUGUAAGGUGGAAGCGGCAAAUUACAACUUCAUUUUUUCCCUGUUUUUAACUUAGAAAAACAAAGUCAUUAAUUUUCAAAUAUUAGCCCCCAGAAGUUUCAAGAGAUAGUUGGACUCUUGAAUAGUGAGUUCUAUUGAUAUAUCUGACUUUGCUAUUUAAAGUCAUCUUUCCCAGCCCUCAGCCUUAGAACCUAGUUUCAUUACUGAUAGAUUUAACAGACUGUUACUUGAACAAAUGUGGUCCAAUUGUCAGUACUGAAAGUUAGAUUUGGAAAAUGAAAAGAUAAUAAAAUUGCAUCAUGAAGACUUAUUACCAUAGUAAUUCCCAAUUAAUAUCUGUACCCCUGAUCCAAGUAAGGCCUUUAUGAAUGUAUUUUAUAUUUCCUAAAGAAAUAGGGAAUAUGUCAUCAAUGUAAUCACCUCUAUUCACAGUCUUUUACUUUCAUUUGGAAAUCUAACUCAAGCCUCUUAAAUUAGACAUUCCAGUUGGGAUAGGUAGAGCCAUGUUAAAACAGCAGCUACCAUAUUGGUAGUUUCACUGCUCAGUAGGACUUCUAAUAGAGAACAGAGCUUUAUUAGAAGCUAAAACUUUUAUCAUUUUUCUCCAUAGAUGAUUCUAACAAACAGUUUGACAAGAGUAUAAAUGUACUUUUAAGUAACAUGAGAUUCUGAGUCUAGGAGCAAAUUUUAUUUCCCUUAUAUCUAAUGUCCGUUGACAUGGAUAAAAGAGGACUAAUUAUACCUUUUUAGUAUGAUGAAAUGUGGGCCCAGAAUAUUGGAGAGAAAGUGAUAGACCUAUUCAGUGUCCACUAGCAUAUUGCAGAAGGCACGAGUUUGUCUUUUUUUCCCUGUCAAUAACUUUUCAAUAGUUAACUCAAAAUCAAUUUAGACCAUCUCUUAUUUUUUAAAGGCAAAAUAUUUCAUCCCCAUUCUUAACCCUGUGUCGUAAGAUUAAACUGGUUAGAAAAAAAAUCUUUAUAUUUGGAAGUAGAAUGGCAAGUGGUUUAUUUCUUCGCUUUUGAAAUUCCUUUUUUAGAGACAUAACUGCAGGGACAGUCCCAAGAAAAUUGAAGAACUGGAUUAUAUCAGUAAACACAUUUGUGUUGUAGGAAUUUGGGAGUUUCAUUUUGAACUGAUAAACUAGGCAUUAAGCCCUUUUCUCUCAGCCCACAUAUCACCCUAUAUAUAAAAGCUCUCUGGAUUCUUAAAAGUCAAUAGAUUGGGCAAACUGACUUUAAAUCAGUAUGGGACAUACUUAAAAGAGUCCAUGGUUUUGCACAUUUUGGUAGCAGGCAAGUAUAUUUGACUUACAUUCAAUGAAUUAUCAAUAUUUGAACAGUAACUAAGAUUGUCAUUGUAAUUGGACUUCUUUUUCUGAAGUUCUAGAAUGAUUAUAUUAGUAGGGAUUUAUUCUUCCUUUUGGGCCUUUGUGCAGAUGCGUUUCCAAGAUCAUUUUUAAAAAUCCAUCUGUCUUCUGAUAAAUUUCCAGAUAAUACAUUUUCCAGUCUAUAGGAAUCUUCACUGCCAAUCAUAUCUACCAGUGGCUUCCUUAGACUAGAUUCUUCACUCCAAAGCUGGGACGGAUGUCCUGUCAGUAGAGAAUCUACAGAAAUAAUUUGAAUGAAUGAAAACCAAAUCUUGAUAGCAGGAGACAGCUUCCUGAUGUAGAUGUACAAUUAGAGUUUAGGUUAGAAAUUACUUUAAAAAGAGUUUCUUGGGAUGUCUUCAAUCUCUGUAAAUACCCACAUGCUUAUGCAUUGUAAACCAAGUGUGUCAAUGUAUGAAUUUGUAGAACUGAUUCCUGCUUCAAGAGAAGCUGCACCUUUAAUUUUAUAAGGUCCCCCCUACCUGUAACCCUAUAAAUGUUUGUAAAUAGAACACUAAAGUUUGUAGUGAUAGGAUCAAUUUGGGAAUAUCUGCUGAGAGACCAAAAAGUUCAUUUUUUUAAGUACCUUGGUUAAAGAGUAAAGAUUAUUCCUCUUGCUUAUUUUUUAAAAGAAGAAUGCACUUUAACAAACAUAGAGCUGCAUGGGCAAUUCAAACAAAUCCGUAAAGUGCAGUACCCAUUCAGAAAUCACACUUCCUGAAAACCGUUACAAAAGCAGAGUCCAGACGGGCUGUUGAUCUCACUGCCUGUAGGUUGAAGCUCAGAUUCUGAUCAAUUUUGAGACGAGCAGGGCUGCUUCAAAAGAGCAAUGUGAAUACAGCCAGAAGCUUCAGACAGGUCUGUAAAAUGGCGGGUCCGGUAUUUACCACUAACUAGCAAAACUGACAGAAAAACUCAUAGAGAAAAAAGUUAAGAAUCCUUCCUGCUGGUGUGCACUCCUUACAAAUAGACUUUUGCAAAUGGAGUUUUACAGUCUAUAUUUAAAAAAUUGUAUGUUUGUAACAAAUAAAGUAUGCGGAAAAGUGAA